UUUCAACCCAGCUAAAUCACCAGCCGUCAUCUCCUGACACUGUGCAAAUUCCUGGAAAAACCUGGUUUUUCUCGCGGGCCAAACAAGAAGUGGGCCCAAAAUCGCCCACAGUUGAUCGUUAUUUUAACACGCACGCACACAGAAAAAGAAAAUCCCAAAAAUAAUAUUAAUCUCUGGAGAAUAUAAAGGUUGAAUUCUGUGUGUUAUUGUAAUAGGCCCAUUAUUACAGCAGCUAAAUCAAUGGAUAACAACAUGAGCUGCAUAAGAAGAGCAGGAGUUGGUGUUGUAGUUGUACCUCAUGGUACAAGUAGUAGAAGCUUAAGGAUGGUUCGUGGGGUUGUAGUUGUAUCUCUUGGUUCAAGUAGUAGAAGCUCAAGGAGGGGUUGUGGGGUUGUUAGAGCUUCAAUGGUAGAUUCUUAUGAGAGUUAUUCUGAUUUUGUUAAGAGGAUGGAACAAGCUUGGUUAAUCUCACAGCAACCAAGGCCAGUUGCGUGUACUUCUUGCGAUUCAAAUGGGCAAGUUGAAUGCCAAUGGUGUAGGGGUACAGGAUUCUUCAUUCUUGGCGAUAACAUGCUCUGCCAAGUUCCUUCCAGAAAUACCACUUGUGUUAUUUGUGCUGGAAAGGGGUCAAUGUGCUGCUCUGAUUGUAAAGGAACUGGCUUUCGAGCCAGGUGGUUGGGGAAGCCUCCCAUCUCCAAGUAGCAGCACUGUGAUUCAGUUGUUAGGAAGUUAAAACCACUGACUGGUAUGAGAAAUAUCGAAGUGACUUUCUUUCAUGUUUUGAUUUCUUCUCCAUUUCUGUUUAGGAAUUGAUAAUUAAACCUCAUUAACUUCAUAGUACAACUCUUACUGUAUUUUGUAAUAUGAAUUCCACAAAUCAGCACAUGUUAUUAGAUUAGAUUCUAGGAAUGUAAAUAUCUAAAAAUUUUCAAUUCUAGCUAUUGUCUUUGAUUCACAA